GGUCCACUCUCUAGCAUGUUACAUUAUAUUUUUCAUUAUGAUGUAUUUUUUUCAGUGGUCAGCUCCCUGGCGGUGUGGUCGGGCCGACCUUGCUGUGACCUUGCCAAGAACCGGGUGUGUGAACUGGCAUGUCGCGAGGCGAAGUCACAGAAGGAGAUCAGUGAAUCGUGUCGAGAGAGUCUGGAGACCAGUCUGUAUGAAUGUGUGAAAAAACAAGGAGAUGGAGAGAUCUGCUGUGGGGGAGGGCAGAACUUUAACUGCCACAUCACCUGUAUGGGGACUUUCCUGGCCAACUACAACCGUAAGAGCCAGCGGCACGUGCUGAGGGCCCACUGUCGGAGCCCCAGUACCAUCAUGCAGUGUGUGGUCAGUCAUGUGGACAACUUCCAGGUCAUCAAGCUCAUUGAUCACUUGCCAUGCUGUUACAAGAUCGAGAACCAGCGUUGCCGUGACACCUGCGUCCGCACCCUGUCCACGAUGACGGACCAGUAUAAGAUCGCCGGGGAACUGGAGAAUAUAUGUGGACCAAUCCUACCACAGUUGCCCCCAUGGAGUUGUUUCCUGACCCAGCCCCUGAAUAAGAAGACGGAGGAGAUAAUCAUGGACUACACCCGACUACAGUGUUGCUCUAAAGCCAGCAACGACCGGUGUAGGACGCUCUGUACCAGGACGUACAGCAGUGAUUGGACGAGGCAGUACUCCGAGUUCCAGUCCAGCUGUCAGGAUCUAACUUUACCUGUGUCCAGGAUGGAGGCCCCCAUGCUGACGUGUAUCAUGGACGCAUACGAACCAUGUAAACUGGGCUGCAAUGAUCUGGAGUUUUGUACCAACUUCAACAACCGCCCCACCAGUCUAUUUCGUUCCUGCUCCAAACAAUCGGACAGCGCGGCCAGAAAAGAGUUCCAGAACUGGCUCCUGACAAAGCGCCCCCUAUCUCCCCAGCUACAGAUCCCUGUUAAAGACAUCAACACAUGUGAGCCAGAGAUGUGGAAAGCCAUUGCUUGUGCUAUGCAGAUCAAGCCCUGUGGGAGGAAGCCGGCCUCAUUUGUUAUCUGCAGGGAGGACUGUGAGUACCUGCUGAACAAGUGUCUGAACACGUCCGCGCUCCACCCCCCUCAGUCCGUGGGUCAGCUCUGUAAGCUCCUGUCCCCCGACGACUCCGCCAGGUCCUGUAUCUCCAUCAAGCAGUUCACAGAGAGCAGUCCAUUCAGUGGCUACACUAACUCAGAGAUCACCACGCCGUGCAGCCCAAACCCCUGUGAGGCGGGCGAGGUGUGCUGGAACAACCACCGCAAAUGUCACCACUCCGACUACUGUCCGCAGUAUGUCUGCCACAGAGCCUGCUCUAUGGGGAUAGAUUCCUCCAUGGCCGUCCCCCGACACGUGUAUGUCAGGCUGCCCAACACCUCAGUCAGCGGCAGCCAAUCAGAGACCUGCGUCCAACAACAGAUCUGUCGCUGUGGCAACAAGAAGCUGGACAACUGUCGUAGCAUUCCCUGUACCCAACAGGCCAAGUGUCACCUUGGAGGAGCCCAAGGGGGUAUCAGUAAAAAUCAUGGAGAACAUUUCCGCAUCGACUGUAAUUUCUGUAUCUGCUACUCGGGGGAGCUGGUGUGUACCAAGGGUCGAUGUCCAUCCGGAGACGGAGACUCUGCCCUCACCGGUCUGUCAUGUGACUGCCCGCGGACCUACAGCCCUGUGUGUGGGGACAAUGGAAAGACCUACCCCAACGACUGUCUGGCCAAGCGCUGUGGAGGACUGAGACAGGAUCAGAUUCGUCGAGGAGCUUGUAAAUCCAAUGAUCCGUGUCGUGACAAUCCAUGCGGAAACAACUUCAGGUGUUUACCCAAGCCACAGGUGUGCCUGAAUAUUGCCCAGGAGAGCUGUCUACAGUACGAGUGUGUGCCCCGUGGAGUGAAGUGUAACCCACAUUACCAUGACCCUGUGUGUGACACAGAUGCACAAGAGCACACCAAUGCCUGUCUACUGCUGCAGAAGGACAAGAAGCUGGCCUAUCGCGGACACUGCCAGAUAAGCUGUAGCAUGUCAUCGCCAGUGUGCGGACAUGACGGAGAGACAUACAGCAGUGAGUGUGAGGCGCUCGCUGCACAUGUCACCGUGGACUAUCCCGGGCCCUGCAGGGUGGUGGGAUACUUCUCAGGAAAUGUGUCGGGCAGUGAGUGUCCAGGAGUGGUAUGUCCCCCUGUUCUCCCCAAGAGGUGUAAGCCAAUACUACCCCCAGGGGCCUGCUGUCCCGUGUGUGCUGCGGAGCUGAGAGUGCUCUACAAACCGGAACUGGCAGAGAUGGUUUCCAAGGAGACAAUGUCCGGUCCAGUGAGCGUUCAGCAGACCGUGGACCUUCUGUCACACAUACUGGAGAUACUGGAGUGUGACGUGUUUGGUUUCCUUGGUGUCGACCAAUCAGAAGUGGUUAUUCUGAUCAAACCUAUCACCCCUCAGCCCUCCAUGUUACAGGUACAAGCUUGUAUCAGAGAAGCCGAGAGGAUAGAGUACCUGGUACAGACGGACAGCCCCCUCCUGAAGGCCUACACGACCUUGACCCCCUUCCUACUGGCCCCCAUGAGGGCCCCCAGCACCCUCCCAGCGUCAGGAGUGACCACCCCUUCCCCCUCAAUCACUCUCUUAACUGUGUUAAUAUUUGUGACCUUUUUAUCAAAGAGGACGUUGAACAGUUCCUGAUACAUAAUGCAUUAUGGGUAAUGAUUUGUGCUAAGUAACUCUUGAGAAUGUUGUGCGGCUGGUUCCUGUGUAUUGCAGUGUGCUUAAACUGUGACAAAAAGCAAGCCAGCUUGAGCAACAGGUGAACAAACUUUGUAGUGUUUUAUCACUUUGGAUCUGGAACUUCUUUUUUUGUUGUCGUGAAGAAUGGAGGGAGGAUCUCAAAAGGGGGAGUUAUGUUGUUUCUGGAACAGCCAAGAAAACGGCAAGAAAGAAACUGCUCAAGUGGAACACUUUCAGCUGUUUCUAGGUCAUAGAUUAACCUAUAUAUCAAUGACAGUGAGAUUCCACUGCCAAAUAUCCGACUGUGAUACCCUAUCAGUGCUUGUAACAGACAUUUUGGUUGGUCAAUGCAAACAGCAUACAUGGACUUGGAUUGGAUGGUGGUUGUUACGAUCCAGUCAGUAUUAUGGAGUGUGAAAGGAGUUCAUUAAAGGAAGGUGCUAUGAAACUGAAGCUUUAUGUAUUAUCAACAGCAUUUGAUUAGAGUUCCGCAAACUCUUUAAACUGCUCUCCGGUUCUGGUCCGCGCUUUAGACUCGCCCUGUAUUAAGGCAAAAACAAGCCAUGACCCGGAGCAGCAGAUUCCCUGUGAAAGCAUUGCAUGAAAUUUAUCGAUAGCAUUAUAUAUUGUCCAAAAAACCAAAGAAACUUGUAGGCCUAAAUCUAAUGUUAAUUGAGUGAGAUUAUGUCAUCUGCAAAACUUUGGACAUCAUGAUUGUGAGGAGAAGUAGUGCUGAUUGGCUGAAAUGUACAGCUCAGAGAGUGCUGAUUGGCUGAAAUGUACAGCUCAGUGAGUGCUGAUUGGCUGAAAUGUACAGCUCAGUGAGUGCUGAUUGGCUGAAAUGUACAGCUAAGAGACUGUGAAUGACUGUAGAAUUGGCAUGUGUCAAAUCAUUGAUAUGUGUGUUUGCAUCAAAUUGAUGUGUAUUUGUCAUCUCAUGUUACGUAUGUGUUAAAUCUCACUUGUGUGUAUAUGUCAUUUAUCUGAUGUAUGUGUGUGUUAAAUCUUGUGUGUGUUUCAUGCAAUUGAUAUGUAUGUAAAAUAUUAUUGGGUGUGCAAGAAUGAGAACUUUUGUGUGUGUGAAUGUUUACAGUGUGAAUGGGAUGGAAUCUCAUGUACACAACCAAGUACAAGGACCUGAUUAAGCUAUCUUGUGUAAUACUCAUAUUAAAUCACUCAUAUGAAUCGGUGGGUCUUGUAUAGGGACACCUUAAUCUCUGGCUGUUGUCCAACUAAGUGAAAGUAGAUUCUGUGGAGAUGCAUGUGAUUGUGUUGGUGUGAAGGCGAAGAAUAGUUUCAGAAAAAUUCAUCAAAUUGUACAUCUUCAUUUAUUUAUGUUUUAAAUUGAAUGUAUGUUUUUGCGAUAGACAUGUAAAUAUAUGAAAAUUAUGUAUGAACAAAUUUGUGAGAGAUAUUUUUGUAUCAUCGUAUUAUGGCUAUAUUCUAGAAAGAGAGAGAGUUUUUGGAUGUCAUUUUGUGCAAGUUCUUUACGAGAGAUGACUGCACACAACAAGCGUUCUACAAACCUGUGCUAUGUUCUUUGAGCUGUGUGCAGCCAUUUUAUAUUUUGAUAAUCAGUAUUUUCUAGUCAUGUACUACGACACAACAAAGGUAUUUUUCUUUUUAUUGUCAUCUUAAUAUUAUGUUAAUUUUUAUAUUUCUCAUUAAUUUUCUCCGACCCUUAUUAUAUUAUGACUUAUUUUUAUUAUGAAGCUUUAACUUAAGGCCUAAAAAAAUUAAUGGCUAGUUUCUCAGUCACCACAGACAGCAUAAGGUCAAAUGCUGGCCUACUGAUUAUUUUGAAUGCUAUUUUGAUGGAAAGGAAAAACACAAUAUUUUAACCAAUUUUGCUUAAAGUUAAAAACCAGAGUUAUACCCCUUUUCAAAUCUUGCAAUGAAGAAAACUUCCUUGCAUUGAGAGUUUGGUCAUGAGAAACUAAACAUAAUUUUUUGUUGGCCUCAUCCACAUACAUGUAGAAUGUGAACAUUAACUGAAACAAUUACUACAAAGGCUAAAAAACAAAGUUUUAAAUUCCAAAACUCAUUUCAUUACAUUUUUUAAAAAGUUUUUUGUAUUAUUUGGAUAAAGCUUCUUUCUCUUGGUUCAAUAACCAAGUGACCGAUGCUGGUUCAGUAUUAUUACCCCAAUCAGUUAUUUAAUUAGGUCACUGAGUGCCAGUUUUGUACUGUAUAUUUUAUGUCGGCAAUUUUGUUUUUUGAUAUGUGCACGUAGUGCAUGGAGUUUGUUUGUUACAGAAAUAAAUCAUGUUAUUUUGUUUAUA